AGUUCAGCUAGACCGAGCAGAAAAACGUUCACUGGGUGUAUAUGCAUUUCGUGUUAAACCAAAUAACGACAUCGGGGACCAGUCAAAUGGUUUGCGAACGUUAGUAUUGUUCGCUGACGCUGAACACGGAACUGGAUUAAUUCUUGACAAGCGAAGUGAUUCUCCACAAUGACAACCGAGGUUGUGAAGCUAUACGGCUCGUGGUUUUGUCCUUUUGUCCAAAGAGCUUGGAUUGCGCUCUUGGAGAAAGGAGUAACAUUCGAAUACGUCGAAAUCGACCCGUACGACAAAACUGAGGAAUUCUUGUCCAUGAACCCACGAGGACUCGUCCCCGCGAUCACCCACAAAGGCAAGUCGGUGUACGAAUCGACAGUCUGCAUAGAGUACGUCGAUGAAGCGUGGCCAAACGACCCGGCCUUGCUUCCGGCUGACCCCUUUGAGCGUGCGCAGACCCGAAUCUGGUCAGAUUUCGUUAACAAGAAAAUAGUACCCGUGUAUUACUCAAUUCUACAAAAUCAAGACAUUGGAAAACAGGAAGAAGGUAAAGUGUCUCUUAUGAGACAUUUGGAAACCAUAACAAAAGCGAUGUCUACGGAGGGUCCGUAUUUUUGUGGAAACCAUUUUGGAAUGGUGGAUAUCAUGCUGUUCCCGUUUGCUCUUCGGGUCCUUUGGGUCCUCGGUCAUUUCAGGGAGUUCGUCGUCCCGGCAGAGGGCGUGUUUGAGAGGUUUCACAAAUGGAACGAAGCGUGCGACACACGUUCCAGCGUUGUUUCCACCCUGGCGAACAAAGAGAACCUGAUUGCUAAAUACGAAAGAUAUGCCAAUAAUAGUGCCAAAACUGAGGUUGCAGACGCCAUUAGAAGAGGAGAGGUUCUUCCUUAAUGACGUUGAAAUAGGUUGAACAUUUCUUGAAUACCUGAAUUAGCUUUUUAUGCCUUGGUAUAUAUAGCUGUCACAUCCUUAUUUAAGGUACAUACAUUUAUACUAGUAUUUUAACGAUUUGGUUUGGUUGACCUUUUUUUGCGUCUUAAACGUCAAUGUUUCUGAACCUAUUUUGGAGGCGGUGGACACGAGGAGUCGCAUAUUACCAUCUCAACAGUAACACUGGGUUUUUUUCUAUUCUUAUACUUAUUUUCAACGUUGUGGAACAUUACAACGACUAGGUAUCACUUUUUAUGAAUCCAAAGUAUAAAUAUUACCACAGUUUUUUGUUUGGUUUUGGUUUUGGUUUUGUUUUUGUUUGUUUUUUUGUUUUUGUACCUCCAGCUCCAUUCUACUCAUAAUACGUUGCACUAAUAAUAAUUCCAAAGCCAAAUCUUAAAGGGUAGAUGCAAAAUGUUUUGGGAGAUGGGUUGCAGCUCUAAACAAAGAGCAUCUGCAGUGUUCCUAAUUAUGCUAUCGCUAAAUAUAUGAAGACAGUCGUAUCCAGAAACACACAGGAGACCCCAGCCAACAAAAAUAAAUCACACCAGUUAAACAAGGUGCUUACAGGUUCGCGAAGGUGGUUCGCAUGCAUAGCACCCUCUUAUUAGUCCUCUACCGGUCCAACCGGAGAGGCCGAUAGGUUUCAUCUGUGUACUUCUGUCUGUCUGGCUGUCUGUCUGUCCCACAUAUAGUUCUCCGGAUAGGGUUUUUUCACAAUGCCUUGAGAUACUGAGCUGAAUUUGUGUAUAGGUUUAUCAUGUACUGUUACAGACCAAAUUUGAGAUACGAAAAUUAGUUUUUUGGACUUUUUUAUGCAAUGCCUAUAUAUUUUGAACUGAAAUUUUGUGUGUAGCUUUACAGUGUUCUGUGACAGAUCAAGUUAUGUAUUGGAAUUUACCUAUUUUUCACAGAGGUAUGGUGUUUGAACAUUUGUUUUCCGGAAUUUUUAUUUUGCAAUGCCUGAAGAUAUUGAGAUGGAAUUUUGCAUAUAACGUUACUGUUUAACUUCUAUGGCGAUGUACCCAUUUUCACUGUUAUAGCUAUUGAACUUAAAAGACACGAAAAUGGGUUGGGCCAGGAAGGGGACAUGUAUUGUUUCAGCAAUGCUUGUAGAUUUGCACCUGAUCUUAGCGCAAAAAAUAAUUAUUACAGGAACGUCGGUAGAUUGGUUGUCUUUUGCGUACCCGUAUUUAAAUAAAUGAAAAGCUGAAUUUAAAUUUAAAAUGUCAUAGAAUAUUUUAAAGAAUAUCUACGAAUCAAAUCUAUACAGAGCAGAAUUCCCUUUCUCUCGUGUAGCACUAGACCGAAUUACAUCUCGAUUGGGUCAAACGUUUAAUGGAAUACUCCUGCCUUUCAGUUUGACAGUGGUUAUUGUUGUAAAAGUUCCGUUGUCUUGAAUUUGAAUGCAUAUAUAUUUAUUUCAUGCAAACUUUGUCAAGAAUCAUUCAGUUUGAAACAUGUAUUAGGUGGUUAAACCAAAGACUGCAAUUUCAUGUAACAUAAGCCAUAAAAGAUGCACUGGGGAGUGCUUAUUCCAUGUAUAAUCCUGACUGUGGAGUGCAAAUUCAGGGGAGUGCAAAUUAUAAUAGCAAAAAUAUAUCAUUUUGCAAUGUGUAGGACUUCGUAUUAAAACAUUGAACUGAACUGGUUUGACUAUUUUGGUAGCGUGUUUACGUACAUUUUAAGUUAUCAUUGGCUACCGUGGGAAAUGUUUUUAAUUAUAUGCUUGAAGAUAAAUUCAUUAUGCCAAAUAAAAAUGUCAAUAAUA